AUGAACGACAAAAUCGUCAUCCGCGAGCCCCUGUUCGUGGCGCCAAACGAGUGCAAGGGUGGCGCAGCCCAGCACGAGCAGGACAAGUUUUUUGGAAGGGAAAGGAAAGAGAGGGCAAAUCUUAUCAUCAACCAUAUAGGCACAAAUGGGUCAUACAAAAAGUGUGAAAAGUGGGAACAAGAUGAAGGAAAGGAACAGGAAAAUGGUGACCCCCCGCUGCAGUUAAACGAAAGAGAAGACAUGAGCUGUUUUGUGAAAUACAAAGAAGAUAUACACAAUUUGAGUCAUGAAAAAAAUGUUUUUAUUUCGUGUAGAAAAGGAGAAAUAAACACAAAGUACAAUAUAAUGGACAAUAUACAUGACAUUCAUUACACGAACAAAAGUGCAAACAACUUGAACGACUAUUUGAGACACGUGAAGAUUAAUCACACUGCUCCUUGUGUGGGUGAAUUCAGGACAUGCAUGAAUUGUUUCCUUAACAUUUCAACACUGUUUUGCAAAACGUGUAACAUAUUUCUGUGUGCAGUGUGCAGUAUUAAAUUGCACAAGAAUAAUCAGGACCAUAUUGUUAAUGUGGCUAGUAGUGGCUUGUUCCAAAAUGAUUACUCCUAUAAUGAAGUGAUCAUGAAAGAAAAGGACAAAUGGCUAGUUGAAAUGGAUAAUAAUAUUCCAGUUAAAAUUAGAGAGAAAUGUUCUGUGCACACAAAUGAGUAUGUCAAAUAUGCUUGCAAAACAUGUCACUACACUUUACUAUGUACGGACUGCUUGCUGAAUGACCCUCUGCAUGUGCAGAAUGAGGUAGAUGGGGAGAACGUAAUGGAGAAGCGGCAAGAUGGGUCCCACUGCAGUGGCGGACACUCCCCAACAACCCAAACCAUCGUCAGUAUAAACAAAAAUGUGGAGACCGCCACCCAUGAAAACGAUCUGAUGCAGCUCAAACCGGGAUUCAAACUACUCCGUGGGAGUCACGAAAUAUAUACCCUAGUAGAUGCAAAGAAUGAAAUAAAGCAAGAAUUGAAUGAGAAGCUAGAAGUCUUGUGUAAGAAAUCGCUAAUCCUGAAAAACACAAUCCCAUCCCUCAGGAACAUUUACAAGUAUGGAAAAAUCACGAACAAAAAUGUGAAGAGGUCCAUAAGAGCUUCCUUCACCAUUACAAAUAUAUUCUUAGAAAAAAAAAAAAAAAAAUUACAUGAAGAGUUAAAAAUGGUACAGGACAAAAGCACCCAGUUUCUAAAAAAAAUGGACGACCAGAGAAUAAAUUAUCACAGCUAUUUAGAGAAGAAGAAAAAUGAACUUCAACACAUGGUUAAAUUGAGUGGUCGCAAUGCAGGACUGUCUCUAGACUACUAUGUGGACAAAUUAGAAUCAUACAAGUGUUUAUUUUUUUCAAAAGACAAUUUAAUAGACAUGGAAAAGAAGCUAGAAAUUCCUCACUCCAAAAUGAAGUCGGAGCAUUUACCUUCUUUAGUGGAAACGAUGAAAGAAGAAGUUUUAGAAGCGAAAAAAAAGGUCAGUGAUACCUCUGCACUUAUUAAGAAGGAAUUUGAAAAGCUGUUCAAUUGCAGUAGCCAAAUUUCUGUCUACCCUGCUCAUUUUAAACACAUCCUCCAGAAAAGGAUAUACAAUAAGGAGAGGGUGGAGCCUGUGGAUGGAGACGCGAGGAGGCAGCAGCGAUAUUUUCACGUUCUCCCGUUCACCGACUUGUACAUGAAUAUGGAGGUAACUUAUGAGCAGCAGUUUUGGCGGAAGGACUCCUUACAUGAGAAGUGGGAGGUCAGGACAGUUUCUCUGCGGUCCAUUUAUCUGUGUGUGCACACUCACGCAGAUACGGUGGGGAGUGGAGUGGGAAAAAAUUGCAUGGGUCCCUUUUCUGCGGAUGGAAGCCACCGUAAAAUCGCUUUACCUUCCCAGUUGCCUGUGCGGGAGGAUUCCCCCCAAAGUGGGUCUAGCCACAACAACCACUUCAUCCCCCCAAACGAGCUAAACAAUUUCAGCAACGACAUCGAAUCUGUGGUGAGUAUCAGCAACGUCAGCGUGAAGCUCUUCUCCGACCCUGACAUUACGAACAUAACAAUAUUGGAAAAAAGGAACCACCCUUAUGGGGUAGAAAUUACAGAGUACAAUGAGAAAAGGGAGUUGUGUGGGUACUGGCUGUUGACAGCCAAGAAGGAGAGCGACGUUAAUGCCCUGUUCAAGACGUUGGUGAAUAUUAAGAAGGAGAACAAAGGGUCUGCACUCAUCCCUUCCUUCCAUCCAAAGAUAAAUAUGAAAAGCCCGAUGUUUCAUUUGCACCAGAAGAAUAUCAACUCGGUUUACAAACACUUGGCCGCGAACCUGCUCGAACGGCCAGUUGUGCUGUCCGAGAAGCAGACUAAGGAGAAUCGCUUGAGCGGGGAUGGGUUAAGCAGGCAGCAGGACAGCCUCCAAACGGUGCAAAGCAGCGACACCAGUAAUUACAAUUACGACCGGUUCAUGAGGGACUCCAGUCUGCUAUACUACUACGAUGGGAUGGACGACCCGGAGUAUAACCAACAUGUGAACAAGUAUCAAAUUGAAGACUUUGUUCCUGGUCAGAUAAACUGUUCAGAUUAUAAUGACGAGAUGGCACUAGCUGAGUGCAACCAGAACAUGUGCGCUGAGUCCAGUAGUAUAGAAUCGAUCAACCCGUUUUGCCUUCCCACGAGUGCGCUGGGGGAGGAUGCAAUAGGGGGGGGACACUCUCAGACGGGGCCGCCGGAAACGAGUCCGCCGCAGACGAAGUCGCACCGAACUGACACCUCCCAUGGGAAGGUGUUUGCACAGGAAGGAGUGAGCGGAGCUAGACUACACACCUUGGCAGGGGUCCAUUCAAAAAAAAGAAACACAAAUCCCCCAGAUGUAAAUAUCGAUACUGUGAAGCCUAAUGUAGUGCAUGAGGAGCAACACUUUAUGCUACUGAAUGUGGGUUCUAAUUUUUCUCAUGGGGACUACACCACAGGGAUGUACAGUAACGGGAUGCAGGUCAUGAAGGGGGUGAAUGUAGGUGGAGGUGUCCAUACGGGUUGUUACGCGAAUGGGGAUGCACAAGUAAAUGCGGUAGGGGGAAGUUCUUUCAUUGGUGGCAUUCCAGUUAGUGCUCCACGUGGUGAAGAAGGAACCAACGUUGGAGAGCACGCGAAUGAGCACUUGGGGGAAAAGCCCAACGGUGAUCAUAGCGCGCACGUUUCUCAUUUCACCACUGUGAGGAAUUCUUGUGACAAACUUGGAGUGAAGAAUGGUAUUAUGUUAAGCAGUGUCCCUGUGGAAAGUCCGCCCAAGAUGGAAGGGGGCAUGGUGGAUGCAUGUGGUGGGACCGGCAAAGGAGAACCUUACACGGAGGAAGUAGCUACCAGAGUGGGUGGGCAGGUCCUCCUCCAUUCGACCGCUACGUCCGUGUCGAGCAGGAAGACAAACACAGAUGUGGAGGUAUUGGAAGAUGGACUCUGUAUGCAUUUGAUUCAUGGCAAGGGGGAAGGAGACCUCACAGGGGGAGAUACAAAAGUGAAUGAUCUGCAGGAGACAUUAGCCCACACGGGAGAGUUACUACUGAACAAUGAUGAAGUUACAAAAUUUCUGCGUCGACUGGAUUGGGCAAACAAGACGAGUGGUGAUGCGAACCAAGUGGGUGGUGCUGAGCCGGCUACUCGACCAAACAGCUACUCUGAGGGGAAGCGGUUGACCGAGGAGAGCAGUUCCCCCACGGUAGAAACGAAAGCAAAUAACACUGCUGAAUGUCUGAACCAACGGGGGAAUAGAACCCGUAAUGCAGAUCCAGAGGGAGAACGUGCCAGUGGGAAGAAUGAGAUGGAGCUGGUUAGCGAUGUGAAGGGGGAAAAGCUAGUAGAGGUGAACCCACGUUGCGUUCAGAAUAAAGGGGAAAGUGCCACAACAAAUGGUGAGAAGGGAGGUUUGAAUGAAGCUCAGUGGACUACCCCGGGGGCGGCCUUAACCCGUGGUGACGACAAUGGGGGAGAAGAAGAACGUACCAACAGAGUACACACAGGUGAGCAGAGCCAGAAAGAGACCCACUUGCAGACGCAAGGAAAAAACUGCGUAGGAAGUUCCCUAAUGGAGGACCACCUUCCUCGGGAAGAAGAGAAAGGAAGGGAGGUCUCCCCAACCAGGAUGGACAACCUUAGUGUGAUUUUUAAAUCAACACGUGUUCACGUGGAUGGGUGCGCGACAAUUGUACACGGAACAGAAAAGGCACAAGCGAGAAUGAGAAGUGCAGUGGGAAGGCUCAGGUUGCAACAGGAGGAGAGGCACAAAACCCCUCCUCCCCCCAGGAGGAAGAAUAAUAAAGACAGUGCAGGUACUUCUGCGGUUUCCACUUCCAAGCCCAUGGCUCGCUUGAAGACACUUGACGCGGAACUCGAACCAGCGGGGGACGUCCCGGCAAGUGUAAUCAGUCGAGUGAUGAGUCAGAUAGGAAGUAAAAGGGUGGGGUCCUAA